GUUUAUCGACUUUUUGGCAUACGAUAGACUUUGGUCACAUAUUCACUCUAAUGGCCGGAUGGAAAAUCAUACAUUAAUUAAAUUGGUUGAGCUCUGUUUUACUGUGUUCUUUUUCUGUUGACUUUUACACAAACAUUAUCCAUCGUUAUUGUGUCUUAUUUAUUAUUACUACCAAGUCGAUGAAAAGAAAAUAGUUCAAACUACGGUAUAGUAGCUGGUAAUGGAAACCACGCAUGGAGUUACAAGUAAUAUAAAUCAAUCAAAGAAUUUGUUAAACUUCUGAGUUGGCUUACCGGAACAUUCAUGAUUUUUUUCUAGAAAAGAAUGGAAGUACAUACAGUGGAAAUGAAUAACCUGCGUUGCAGUGCGGCUGUACUCUCCCCUAUUCAAUCAGCCCCGGUACCUACCAAAGCUACGCCUAAUAAAACCGUGAUAAAAAAUUCAUCAAUUGAUACCGAUUUUCUUGAGAAGUUAAACCAUCAAAAUGACAAUAGAAACUGCGACAGUCCCAGCAGUUCCAAUUCUGAAUUGGAAAAAGAAUGUAAUGUUAUCAAAAACUUAAAUUUUUCAUUAACUGGCAGUGAAAGUUUGGAAAAAUCAUGUGGAUCUCUAAGCGGCGCUUCUUCAAUAACCUCAGCAUUUCAGGGCAGUAAUACGGUUGAACCUGGAAAAAUCAAUGGGCCAGUCAGUGGGGAUUCUUCUGGAGGAGUAGUAUCAGCAUCCGUUCAUAUAAAAAAGCGAAUUUCGAGCAGUCGCACACCCACUCGAAAAGCGCAUCGUAUAAAGUUUUACCGAAAUGGAGAUAGAUUUUAUCCAGGUAUAACCAUUCCAGUCUCAAAUGACCGCUAUCGAUCUUUUGAGAGCCUCUACGAAGACCUGACUCGCCUGCUUGAAGAAAACGUUAAGAUACCAGGGGCCGUACGCACCAUUUACAGUAUGUGUGGAAAAAAAAUAACCGCCAUGGAUGAGUUUGAAGACGGUCAGAGUUACGUUUGUUCCUGCAAUAAUGAGAAUUUCAAAAAGGUUGAUUAUAAUAACAGCUCUCAAACGCCUUCUAAUCUGACUCUGGCUACCAACGGACGUUGUAACAAUCAGAGAUCGACGAAACAACAGCGCCCCGCUUCUCCCCUUAAAAAUGUCAGUGGAAUCAAUUCAGCUCCAUUAUUUUUCGUAAAUUCAGCGAACGGAGGUUUGUUAAACACAGCGAAGAUUAGCGAGCGUGACCGUGUAGUUUACCCUCGUAUUGUGACACUAAUUCGCAAUGGUACAAAACCACGACGAAUAAUGCGCCUAUUAUUGAAUAAACGAAACAGUCCAAGCUUUGAUCAUGUGUUGACUGCUAUCACCCAAGUCGUCCGCUUGGACACAGGUUAUGUCAGAAAGGUCUACACACUCGGAGGAGCAUCUGUAAGUCAGCUUGCCGAUUUUUUUGGACCAGAUGAUGUUUUCUUUGCAUAUGGCACUGAACGAAUUAAUACUGCAGAGGAUUUUAAAUUAGAGGCAGAGGAACAACGAUCCAUCAAUGCCAUACGAAAGACAUUCAGAACUGCGGGAACGACCUGCAAGGGACCCAAGCCUAAAAUGCCUGUGAAGAGCAAAAACGUAUAUCCGCCUUUGAUAGAACCUGAUAUUAAAGAGCCGCACAUCUCAUUAGGUGAAGAGCAAGCCGAGUUGCUUAAGAGUACAGGAAUAGAGUUUCAUGAUUUGCCUUCUGGAAUUCGGGAGAAUUACGAUAUAGGCGGUAUUAUCGGUGACGGAAACUUUGCUAUUGUGCUUAAAAUCAAACAUCGCGAAACUAACAAAGCUUAUGCUUUGAAAAUUAUCGAUAAAAGCAAAUGCAAAGGAAAAGAGCAUUAUAUUGAUGCAGAAGUACGUGUCAUGAAAAAAUUGGACCAUCCGCACAUUAUAUCACUUAUCAUGGAUGUCGAUCAAGAGACCAAUAUGUAUUUGGUGCUAGAGUAUGUAAGCGGUGGUGAUCUCUUUGAUGCAAUUACACAGGUUACUCGCUUUUCUGAACGGCAGUCACGGAUUAUGAUUAGGCAUUUAGGCUCCGCCAUGUCUUACCUCCAUUCCAUGGGUAUUGUGCACAGAGAUAUUAAACCAGAGAACCUCCUUGUUGAACUGGAUGAAUAUGGAAAUGUUCUUGAGCUUAAAUUGGCAGACUUUGGGCUAGCCUGUGAAGUUACGGAACCACUCUAUGCCGUUUGUGGAACUCCCACGUAUGUGGCGCCGGAGAUAUUGCUGGAAGUGGGGUAUGGGUUAAAGAUUGAUGUUUGGGCCGCUGGUAUUAUUUUGUAUAUACUUUUAUGUGGAUUCCCGCCGUUUGUAGCACCAGAUAACCAACAAGAGCCUCUUUUUGACGCUAUCAUAUCGGGCGUCUACGAGUUUCCCGACCCUUAUUGGUCAGAUAUUGGUGAAGGAGUCCGCGAUCUUAUCGCUAAUAUGUUGCAAUCCGAUCCUGCGGUUCGUUUUACAAGCGAAGAUAUCUUGGAUCACUAUUGGACUAUGAACAACGAGAAUAGCUGUUCAGAUUUCAGCAGAUGAAUUGUGGCCGUUUGGGAUGUUUACAAAACUUCACUACCAUUCCCGACCAAUUUAAUGAUGCAGUCCAGUAGUUUUUGUGUUAUGUAUAUUAUAACGCUAUUAUUUAUAAAUUAAUUUAUUUGUUUUUGAUAAAAUCAGGAAGUUAUCUGUUGAUAACUAUUAAGACACGUUUAUCAGAAAACCUAAGCAGCCUAAAACUUAUAUAAGCUACCGUACGAUUUUUUAAAAUUCCAAUAUUCAAGUCAAUAAUCAUUGGCCUGAGUUUUCUAAAUUAGUUUUCUUAUGUGGUUAUAUUCAUAUAUUCAUAUAUGUUUCAUAUGUUUAUUUGAAAUAUUAAGGAUUCCAUCAAAAACCAUUCACAACUACAAUUUAGAAGUGUUCAAUUUCAAUUCAGAUUAUUUUAUUGAUUUAUCUGUGAAAUAAAUCGGAUAAACUAUAUUUGGCAUAUAAAUAAAGACGACCGAAAUAUAGUGUUUUAA